UGAAGUGUGUAGAAAGUCAGAUUCAAACUCAAUGAGAUCAGAGCUGGGUUGCCCCAUUGCCCGUGUAGUGGCCCGUCUCUUUUCGCUGAACCUCUUCCAGAACCCUAACCUCUUUCAGAACAAGACAUCUCCAAAAGCGCCAUCCGUGAGAAAAGAGGAGGCUGAGGCGUCGAAAGAAAGCAUCGAGGGACCGGAGGCACCUCUGGAUUCUGUGGAUGAUAUUUCUGAGAUCCUGGGAAAACCCAAAAUUCCAGUGGCCGCAGCGCGCUUGGCGACGACAACUGAUGACCUACAGGAAGUUCUGAAUGAAGAGCUGGUGGCAGUUUCAUCGUGUUUCGAGGAACUCUUUGGCUAUUCAAGACAUGAGUUGAAAGGCAAAAGUAUCUUGAGGUUGUUGUCCAUCUCCGGGAUGGUGGAUCCUCAGUUGGAGAUCUAUUUGAACAUGGUGGAGCAGGGCAUGAGGAUGUUCCGAGGUGUACAAGUGAGCCUCCGCCGCAAGACUGGUGAGCUGGUGGAGAGUCAGGUGUACAUCAAGAAGGCCGCCCUGCCAGGAGCUGCCGGUGAAGUUGAAGAAGUUCUUCUCUUCUACUUCUCUGAUCUUGGAGUUGUGGAUGAGGUGCGGGGGAUGGGUGGCACCUCCUCUUCCAAGGUGCUGCCAAGGGUUCAAGGCUUGAAUUUGGUGAAAAGUUGGGAGUCUACUACUGUAUCCCUCUGA